AUGGGUGAUGUGGUAAAAGAGGCGUCAGGCUGUGGUCGUCUGUUCUUUUGGCAAAUUUUCCAAGAACAUGAAGUGGGUUGUCGCGAUAGUUGUAGGCGCAACGGAAGAAAGUCUCCAAGCUUCGCCACACAGACGACGUAUAAAUCAAUCGCUCUUGAACAAACUGUUGUGUGGAGCAUGAAAAUGUUUUUGCGAGCUGGGAAGUGUCAUGCAUUUAUGCAAGAUGGUAAAUAUCGACAAAUAGAUGGGAUAUUUCUUAAAAUCUCGAGAUGUCAGGGUGAUUUUGUUUCAUUAGCCGUCUGUUCUAUAUGCUAUGCGGAAUUUAUUGUUUUGAAUUAUUAUAAUUCCGGUGAAUUUGUUGAAUUAAUAAAUGCACAAAAUAUUUGUUUCGUGCAUUUUCAAACUUAA